UUCAUGAUCUCAUUCCUUUAUUCACCACAGCGAUUUACUUAUAGAGCUAACUAAGAGCUUCUCAUUCUAGCUCGUGCCUGAAAAGCAAGCAUUGAGUUGGUUGUGGAAUUCACGGGCUAGUGCCUUGCUUCAUUGUGACAUUCGGCUUCACGGAAUGAGUGAGAGAGUAGCCCUCCACCGUCUGAGAGUAUGAGAUAACGAGGCCUUGUAUUGAGGCUUGGUGAACAAUUGAAAGCUCUAAUUGUGCACUUCUAUGCUCAUCUACCUUACGCUUUGUUCACUCACGUGGCAUCUCGGACUCAUCGACACCAACGCUCAUGACUAUUCCUCACCCUCACAAAUCACCAUAACCUCUUCAAUAACGAUAUCCGACAUGUCCAAAACACCAACAGGUCUUCAAGACUCAAUCUGGGCCAUAAACGGCCGCUCCCGCCUCGUAAACUCAGCCCCCUCAACGCGCUCAUCUUCACAGCCCAUAGCACGCGCAUCCUCACAGCCUUCACGACCCCCACCAUCCUCAGCCCCUCCAAGAAACCCAGUUUCCAUAACAACAUCAACUACGCGCUUAAACCCAACACAGGCUUUCCACCGCUUCGAACAGGCUUGUCAGCGCUUACGGUGGAAGUACAUCGAUUUACAGACUUCAUACCACCGCGCGUUAAAUCCAGAGGAAUUCGGGUUCUUGGUCACAGACGCGGAGCGGAACUUUAAAGUUGACUUCCAUGAGUUUUACGCAUGGAUUGAACAAGCGCUUGUUCUGCUUCUCAUGGUUUUCGGUAUAUCAGUAUCGCGUGGUACUUUGUACAAAACGGGAAAUCACACGUAUCACGAGAACGUGCUCACAGAGCUAGAAAUGCCAGAUUGCCCGGUCCACGAAGCGCUGGGCAGAGGGGAAGUGAACCAAGCACUUCGUAAGGCGAAAGAGCUUCGGAAUCGGUGGAAGGAUGUUACCGAGGGCAAGGAAACGCCGCCGUUGAAGAUGUAUGAUCUGACGUGGCUUGUGGGACAGAUCUUGGGAGGGUUGGAGGUUGGGUACGGGAUUGCGGCGGGGAGAAUGCAGGACACGGUGCAGAGGCAUUGGGAUGACGAUGAUGAGCACAUGGGCAUGGGAGAGGUUCACGGGGAUGAUGAGUGGGAGUGGAUGGUUGAACCGAUGGAUUGGGAGGUUGCGUAGGGGUAACAGGAAUCUUUGAAUUGGAUGGGUUGGCGUGAAUAUGCAUGGCGUAAGAUAGAUAUUCAUCAUCUGUAGACAUAUCGGGUACUUCUAAUGGAUCACAGAGAAUUCUACCACCUAUGAAAC